ACAACGGUUACAUAGAAGGGAAGGAGCUUAACAAUUUUUUUCACCAUCUCCUGGAGAAACUGGGACCGGAAAACACUAUCACCGAAGAAGAAGUUCAAAUGAUGAAGGAGCAAUUCAUGUCUGCCUAUGAUGUCACCAAAGAUGGACGCUUGCAAAUCCAAGAGCUUGCAAAUAUGAUCUUGCCGGAUGAUGAGAACUUUCUGCUGCUUUUCCGACGGGAAACUCCCUUGGACAACAGCGUGGAAUUCAUGCGGAUCUGGCGCAGUUAUGAUGCUGAUAGCAGUGGAUUUAUUUCAGCUGGCGAGCUCAAAGAUUUCCUGCGUGAUCUCUUUUUGCAGCAUAACAAGACGGUUGCUGAAGUAAAGCUGGAAGAAUAUACUGAUACCAUGAUGAAAAUCUUUGACAAAAACAAAGAUGGUCGACUGGACCUGAACGACCUGGCAAGGAUUCUGGCACUGCAGGAAAAUUUCCUUCUUCAAUUUAAGAUGGAUGCUUGCAGCACAGAAGAAAGGAGGAGAGAUUUUGAGAAGAUCUUUGCACACUACGACGUUAGUAAAACAGGAGCACUUGAAGGCCCAGAAGUAGAUGGGUUUGUCAAAGACAUGAUGGAACUGGUCAAGCCCAGCAUUAGCGGGGUCGACCUGGACAAGUUCCGCCAGAUCCUGCUCAACCACUGCGACAUGAACAAGGAUGGGAAAAUUCAGAAAUCCGAACUGGCUUUGUGUCUUGGGCUUAAAAUGAACCCAUAGGUGGAAGAGUGCUCAUGGUUGCGUUUCCCUUGUGAGAUUUGCCUGCUGCUCCUUGUAGAAGUGUGUCCGUGCUGCCGUGUGAGUGGUGAGGAG